AUGACUCUCUCACUUGUGGCUAGGCCAUUUAUAUUCUUAUAUCAGUUAUUGUCGAGGAUAUUUUGGUCAGGCUUAAACAAGAAGCCUAUAUGGCGUUUAAUUUUGAACUUUUGGAUAGGCUUUUCAACUGUCUUUAUAUGGUUAUUGAUUUUCAAAAAUGCCGGACUAAUUCCCCAUUCUAUCAGACCCCCCAUUCAUGUCAAAUUACCCGUUAUCAUGGACCAUUAUAUGUUUUCCAAUAUGGUAGGCAGCGUUUUUAUGAUUUUAUGUUUGUCAAGUUUUAGCUAUUUACUUUUUGUCAAAUAUUACCGACCUAACAAUUGUCAAAAUUUGACAAAGUAUUUACCCAUCUUGAAUAAGCGAGAAUCCAUUGAAAUUCGGGAAGAAUCUAUAUCAUCCGAAAGCUCCAACAGCAGUGAUUUGGAGGACCACUUUGGAUUGGAUUCAUUUGCCCUCGACUCCACCACUUCAACCAUCGAACCAUUGUCAUUUAUUGAGCCAGAAGAUCAUGUUCCUCCCCUCGAGUUUUUCCGUACUUUGUCUGAAGCAGAGAUAACGCAACGGGAAUCAGAAACUAAUGCUAAAAUUAUUGACCAUUUGCGGGCAACACAUUCUUACCAACCACGCAAUUGUUGGUAUUUUGCCCCGCCUUUAUUAUUUUUUCUCAGUUGGGGUAUAUUAAAUAUAGACUACUGGUUUAAAGAUCCAAUUAACACGCAAAAGGAUCUACUUGCAUGGUUUCUGUAUGUCAUUUGUCACAUUACAGUUCCUAUAGUCACUGCGGUAUGGCUCUAUGUAUUUCAUGCCCCGGGUGCAGUCAAGUUAUACGGGCUUACUUUGGGGAUUCAAAACAUAUGUGGUGUACUUACACAUUUGGUAUUCCCCAAUGCACCACCUUGGUUUGUUCACAUGUAUGGGGAGAAUAAAGAAGCCAAUUACGAAAUGCCAGGAUAUGCAGCAGGACUAAUUAGAGUUGAUAUUGCUUUGGGCACACAUUUACAUUCCAAAGGAUUCCAUGCAUCGCCAAUCGUGUUUGGAGCAAUUCCUUCAUUGCAUUCGGCCAUGGCAGUUAUGACAUUUUUCUUUGUUUCAUAUUAUGCCAGAUGGACUGCUGUCAAAGUUGCAUCAUUUUUGUUUGUUGUUAUUCAAUGGUGGGCCACUAUUUACUUGGACCAUCAUUGGAGGGUUGAUUUACUCAUUGGGUUAAGUUAUGCAUUAUUUUGGUUCACCAUUGUUAAGAAUGUUAGAUUUGGAUUAAAUAGAGUUGACGAACAGUUUAUUAAACUGAGAUUACGAUUUGAUUUUGCGCACGGAAGUACUAUGGGGAUGAGAGUUUUUCGGAAUACACGAUUGCAAAAAUUCUUUGAUCCCUUGGCAUAA